AUGCAGGCCUACACCGAGCUCGCAGCUCCUUCAGCUGUUACGCACUCCUUAAUCGCUUCCCUCACUUCGGCUACAGCAAACAAUCUUGUUGUCGCAAAGGGCUCCCUACUCCAAAUCUUUACAACAAAGACCAUAUCCGCCGAAUUCGAUCCCGAGAACCAACCUGCUCAACCUACAAAGCCUGAACCCGAAUUCGACCACCGCGCAAACGAUGAUGAUGGUCUUGAGUCGUCCUUUCUUGGCGGCGAGUCAAUGAUUGUCAAAACCGACCGAGCACACAACACAAAGCUGGUCCUCGUCGCAGAGCUUCCACUUGCUGGAGCAGUCACGGGCUUAGCCAAGGUCAAGACCAAACACUCAAAGUGUGGAGGUGAAGCUCUCUUGAUAGCGUACAAGGCUGCCAAGCUGUGUAUGGCUGUAUGGGACUCUGAAAAGAGCACCUUGGAGACCGUUUCCAUUCACUACUACGAAAAAGAGGAGCUACAUGGUGCGCCGUGGGAACUUUCCUUUGACGAGUAUGCGAAUUACCUCGCGGCCGAUCCUGGCAGUCGAUGCGCUGCCUUUCAAUUUGGUUCGCGCAAUAUCGCGAUUCUACCAUUUCGACAGGCGGAAGAAGACUUGGAGAUGGAUGAUUGGGAUGAGGAUCUCGAUGGGCCACGACCUGUGAAGGAGGCUGCUACAGUCGCCAAUGGAGAUAGCGACACAUUAGAACCACCAUAUACACCAUCUUUUGUUCUCCGUCUUCCGCUGCUUGAUCCCAGUCUGCUUCAUCCCGUGCACUUUUCUUUUCUGCAUGAGUACAGAGAACCGACAUUUGGUAUCUUGUCGUCUAGCCAGGAACGCGCGCACUCUCUCGGCCAGAAGGACCAUCUUACAUACAAGGUCUUUACGCUAGAUCUACAACAACGAGCUUCAACGACUAUUCUUUCUGUCACCGACCUUCCUCGAGAUUUGUUCAAGAUUCUCGCUUUGCCAGCGCCCGUCGGUGGUGCUUUGCUUAUUGGAGAGAACGAGCUGAUCCAUGUUGAUCAGUCGGGUAAAGCCAAUGGCGUUGCUGUCAACUCAAUGGCUCGACAGAUUACAUCGUUUAGCUUGACAGAUCAAGCGGAUCUAAACUUGCGAUUGGAGCACUGCGUUGUUGAGCAGUUACAUAUAGAAAACGGCGAAUUGUUACUCGUUCUCAACGAUGGUCAAAUUGCCAUCGUCUCGUUCCAGAUUGAUGGCCGAACCGUCUCUGGACUUAGCAUCAAGAUGGUCACAGACGAAAACGGGGGCAAUAUCCUAAAGAGCCGAGCAUCGACAGUAUCCAAGCUUGGAAAGAACGCUUUCUUUGUCGGUAGUGAAAUGGGCGACUCUAUCGUGCUAGGCUGGACAAGGAAAAUGGGACAAGAAAAGAGAAGGAAACCUCGUCUAAUUGAUACAGAUAUUGCGCUUGACGUGGACGAGCUGGAUCUUGAAGAUGACGACGAUGAGGAUGAUGAUCUUUAUGGUACAGAGUCGGCGGCUGCGAAACCAGCUCAAGCACUUGGAGGAGGCAGAUCAGGCGAAUUGAGCUUCCGCAUCCACGAUACCUUGCUCAGCAUUGCGCCAAUUAAAGAUCUAACUGCUGGAAAAGCAUCGUUUCUUCCCGACAGCGAAGAAAUGACUCUUUCAGAUGGUGUCGUGUCGGAUCUCCAUCUUGCGUGUAUCGUCGGGCGAGGAAAGGCUGGCUCGCUGGCCAUUCUCAACCGAAACAUUCAACCCAAGAUUAUCGGACGAUUCGAAUUCCCAGAGGCUCGAGGAUUCUGGACCAUGUCUGUCAAUAAACCAUUGCCUAAAGCACUUGGGGGAAGUGCUGGCGUUGGCGAUGAGUAUGAGGCUUUUGCACAACACGAUAAGUAUAUGAUUGUGGCCAAGGUCGACCUUGACGGUUACGAGACUUCAGACGUGUAUGCCCUUACUGGUGCUGGAUUCGAAACGCUAAAGGAUACCGAGUUCGAUCCUGCGGCUGGAUUUACUGUCGAGGCCGGAACAAUGGGCAAGCAGAUGAGAAUCAUUCAAGUUCUCAAGUCUGAAGUUCGCUCCUACGAUGGAGAUCUGGGACUUACUCAGAUUCUGCCCAUGCUCGACGAGGAAACUGGGGCAGAACCUAGAGUCACCAGUGCCAGCAUUGUUGAUCCCUACCUGCUCCUCAUCCGUGAUGACAGUAGUCUUUUACUAGCACAAAUCGACAGUAACAAUGAGCUCGAAGAGGUGGAAAAGAUGGAUGCUACACUCCAGAAUACAAAGUGGCAUGCUGGAUGUCUGUAUGCUGAUACCAAGGGCGCUUUCCAACUCGGCGACAAGGUUGAGGCCGAAAAGAUCAUGAUGUUCCUGCUCAGCUCUACAGGUGCACUACAUGUGUAUGCUCUUCCUGAUCUCUCAAAGCCCGUUUACGUUGCUGAAGGUCUCUCUUACGUGCCACCUCACUUAUCAGCCGAUUACACCCUUCGACGAGGUUUAGCAAAGGAGACUCUACGUGAGAUUUUGGUAGCUGACCUCGGCGACAACAUUUCCCAAUCCCCAUACCUCAUUCUCCGAAACCAAUCCGACGACCUCACCAUCUACGAACCUAUCCGUCAUGUAAGACCCGGUGAAAAUAACUUAUCUUCAGCUCUCAGCUUCAAAAAGACAUCCAACGUAACAUUAGCUACAACACCCGCCCAAACAGAGCAAGACGACGAUGUAGAGCAACCCCGUUUCAUGCCCAUGCGCAGAUGCGCAAACAUCAACGGCUACAGCACAGUCUUUCUUCCUGGCCCAUCACCAAGUUUCGUCCUCAAGUCCAGCAAGAGUAUUCCCCGUGUCAUCGGUCUUCAAGGCCUCGGUAUCCGCGGAAUGAGCUCGUUCCACACAGAGGGUUGUGAUCGUGGCUUUAUCUGUUCAGACGACAAGGGCAUCGCGCGCGUCACUCAGUUUCCAUCCGACACCAACUUUACCGAACUCGGCAUCUCGGUCAAGAAAGUCCAUCUGGGAUCUGACGUUCGCGGCAUCGCAUAUCAUCAACCCACCGGUGCUUACAUCGCAGGCUGUAUGAUAAGAGAACCUUUUGAACUUCCCAAAGAUGAUGAUUAUCACAAGGAGUGGGCUAAGGAAACACUCACUUUCCCUCCAACCAUGCCCCGCGGCGUCUUGAAACUCAUUAGCCCCAUCACCUGGACCGUCAUUCACGACAUUGAGCUCGAAUCCUGCGAGGCAAUCGAGUGCAUGAAGACUCUACACCUUGAAGUCUCGGAAGAUACAAAAGAACGUCGCUUCCUCGUUGCAGUCGGCACAGCCGUUUCAAAGGGUGAAGACCUACCCAUCCGCGGCCGCGUGCACGUCUUUGACAUCGUAACCGUCAUCCCCGAGCCCGGCAAGCCAGAAACAAACAGACGUCUCAAAGCCAUCGCCCGCGAAGACAUUCCCCGCGGCGGCGUCACUGCCAUUUCUGAAAUCGGUACCCAAGGUCUUAUGCUCGUCGCCCAGGGUCAAAAGUGCAUGGUCAGAGGCCUGAAGGAAGAUGGAUCUCUUCUUCCGGUCGCUUUUCUGGAUAUGAGCUGUCAUGUGUCCAGCGCGCGCGAACUCUCACGUACUGGUCUUUGUCUCAUGGCUGAUGCGUUCAAGGGUGUUUGGUUUGCCGGUUAUACCGAAGAACCGUAUACUUUCAAGGUUCUAGGUAAAAGUCAUGGUCGAUUACCAGUUGUGGUGGCGGAUUUUCUUCCUGAUGGUGAUGAUCUUGCUAUUGUUGCGGCGGAUGUAGAUGGUGAUUUGCAUAUCCUCGAGUUCAACCCCGAGCACCCCAAAUCUCUUCAAGGCCACCUCCUUCUCCACCGCACAUCCUUCUCCGUCUCACCAAACCCCCCAUCAACAACCCUCCUCCUCCCACGCACAACACCCCCCAGCCAACCAACCCCUCAAGACCCCCCACACGUUCUUCUCCUCGCAUCUUCCUCGGGUCACUUAUCCAGCCUGAUUCCCCUUCCGGAAACAGCAUACCGUCGUCUCCUCUCUGUAACAAACCAGCUCCUCCCUGCGCUUACACCACACGGCGGGCUAAACGCCAAAGCGCAUAGACUGCCUGACGGAAUACGACCUGUGGGCGUUGAAGCAGCGGGUGGAAGAGCGAUUGUUGAUGGAGCAGUGUUGGCUAGAUGGGCUGAGUUGAGCGCUGCAAAGAGGGCUGAGAUUGCGGGCAAGGGUGGUUAUGAUGGUGUUGAGGAGUUGAGGGAGGAGUUGGAGGGUGUGUUGGGAUGGAGUGGUAUGUCGUAUUUUUAG